CGCGUCUCUCACUAGGCGGCGCCACGCGCUCCCUCCGCGCUCCUCUCAGCGCUUCUUCUCCAGUAGAAGAAAAACUUCCCUCCGUCUUUCUUUUUUCAAAAUGGCCGAAUACUUGGCGUCGAUUUUCGGUACAGAAAAAGACAAGGUUAACUGCUCUUUCUACUUUAAAAUCGGAGCGUGUCGCCAUGGAGACCGGUGCUCGAGACUCCAUAACAAGCCCACGUUCAGUCAGACCAUUGCUCUGUUGAACAUUUACCGAAACCCACAGAACACAGCCCAGUCUGCGGAUGGCAUCAAUGCUGUCAGUGAUGUGGAGAUGCAGGAACACUAUGAUGAGUUCUUCGAGGAAGUCUUCACUGAAAUGGAAGAGAAAUAUGGAGAGGUUGAGGAGAUGAACGUCUGUGAUAAUUUAGGAGAUCACUUGGUGGGAAAUGUCUAUGUGAAGUUCCGCCGUGAGGAAGAUGCAGAGAAAGCGGUGAUUAACUUGAAUAACCGCUGGUUUAAUGGUCAGCCCAUCCAUGCUGAGCUCUCGCCUGUCACUGAUUUCAGAGAGGCCUGUUGUCGACAGUAUGAAAUGGGAGAGUGCACUCGAGGAGGCUUCUGCAACUUCAUGCACCUGAAGCCAAUCUCAAGGGAACUCCGAAGAGAACUGUACGGCCGCAGGAGGAAGAGCAGGCAUCGCUCUCGUUCACGCUCCCGUGAGCGUCGUUCUCGCUCUAGAGAGCGUAAUAGAGGAGGAGGCGGCGGUGGUGGAGGAGGAGGAGGAGGAAGAGAACGAGAGAGACGGAGGUCAAGAGAUAGAGAACGCUCUGGACGCUUUUAAAAUGUCCUUCUUUCUUGAAACCAACAUUCAAACCCCAAGUCCUACCCUAGUCUCUCCUGAUGAAAUGUGAUAAAUGUUGAAUUUAUUUCCUCCCUGACUUCUUUGUCCUCUGACCUUUUUAUGCGAGUUUUGUUUGCUUUUCAAUAAAGAUUUCUUGAUCAAU